AUGGGCGGGCUGGCAGGAGCCGGUGAUCCACUGCAACUCCGACGCCAUCUUCUCUACGCCAACAUCACCUUCCAGUUUGUGUCCGAACUCGACGAGAAGCUCUUCUUCGUGGUGUCUUCCAACGACAUCAUGCCCGACGGCACCUGGUGUGUUCAGCAGCGCAUGUGCGACAUCACCGCCGACGACUCGGGCAAGGUGACUCUUCAUCCAUCGGGCAGCGAUGCUCCUUUUGACGUGCGCUACCACAAUGGGACGGCCUCGUCUACUUGGUCCCUUAUCUAUGGCACCAUCAGCGGGACCAACUGGGAUCGGAUCGACAUGCACAGUGCCGACGGCUGUUAG